AUGCGAGUUGAAGACAUGAUCCCCAUCAAUGAUUCUAUGCCUGAAGAACAGCUUAUGGCAAUCAUGAUCUUGAAGGAGAGUUUUGAUGAGAAAGCAGGCUGGAAGAAGUUAAGGCUCUGCGUGAUGAGAAUUUGCCAUGACAGCAUUUACAGGAGAUGCAUAGCUGAAGAGGAUGUACAAGGAGUUCUAGAGCAUUGCCAUGGGUCAGCUUAUGGAGGUCACUUUGCUACAUUCAAAACAGCAACUAAGGUUUUGCAAUCUGGUUUAUGGUGGCCUACUUGUUUAAGGAUGCAGCAAGCUUACAUCGCCAAGUGUGAUCCAUGCCAAAGGAAAGGAGGGAUCACCAAGAGGGACGAGAUGCCACUAAACCCAAUUCUAGAAGUUGAGAUCUUUGAUGUAUGGGGAAUAGACUUCAUGGGACCUUUCAAACCUCCUCAAACGGGCACAACUACAUUUUGGUUGCUGUGA